UUUAAGUAUCAUUUAUACCUUGUAGUAAUAUCAUUAGAAAGCAGGUUUAUUGUUGCACUUGCACUAUACUACGUCAACGCGGGUGUAUAUUUGAGUUGGUCAUCAGCAUCUCCUCCUCUCCCUCAACGUUUCUUCCUCCUUCUCCCUAAGCCACCAUCACUUGUUAUCUCCCUCGUUUGAUUUGCUCAAGCCUGUGAAACAAACCAAUUUUCUUCAAUCAUGGCCUACGCUGCUCUCUCUUCACUAGCCCAAACAAUACACCGAAUCCUCAAUCACGACCAAUUCCUCAUCUCCCACAAUGAAGAACAACAAAUCACCCUGCUACGUGAAAAAGUUAUUUUCUUGCGAGAAGCUUUGGACAAGUUUCCAAUGCAAGCCAGCAGCUUGGAAGCAAGAAUCAGGGCCUCCGCCAACGAGGCAGAAGAUAUGAUCGAGCAUUUCAUGUACGACCAAAUAUGGAAUCAUCAUUAUUCGACUACAAACAACCCUCAUCAUCUUCAUCAUGACCUAGAAAAGACGAUGGAGGAGAUCAACUCAAUUUCCCGAGAGGCAGCGGACUUCACAACAGAAGACUCGGCGGCGCUUGGUGAUGAUGAUAGCCCUACUGUGAGGAUUUCAUCGUCAAUGCAGCAGCUCGCCGGUGGCAUCACGGUCGGUCUUGACGAGGAUCUGCUAAAAAUCGUCGAUUCGCUCACCGGAGGAUCAUCCAGUCGCCAGAUCAUCCCAAUCGUGGGGAUGGGAGGAAUCGGGAAGACAACACUGGCUCAGAAGGUUUAUCACCAUCCGUCGAUCACGGAAACUUUCGAGAUUCGUGCUUGGGUCACAGUAUCACAAGAUUACAAGGCCCAAAAUAUCUAUUCCGAUCUCUUAGCUUGCUUUGAAGAAGUCGGCAUUGAAAGAUUUGAACAGAGCAGUGAGUGUUUGGAGGUAAAAGUCCACAAAAUCUUGAAGGGAAGGAAGUACCUCAUCGUAUUGGAUGAUAUGUGGAGUCAAAACGCUUGGGAUGAUGUUAACAUUUAUUUUCCUGAUGACGGUAAUGGGAGUCGAAUUGUGAUAACCACGAGGUUAGUGGAUGUGGCUUCUUACUCUAGCAGUCAUUUUCAUCAGAUGCGUUUCAUGGAUCAGCAUCAAAGCUGGGAUCUGCUCAAGAAGAAGGUGUUUCCGAGCAAAGAUUGUCCAUCUCAUUUGGAGGAGAUCGGAGUGGAGAUUGCCAGAAGGUGCGGAGGAUUGCCCCUUGCAAUUGUGCUAGUUGCAGGUAUGUUAUCCACAGUGAGUGAGACUCGAUUCUCAUGGAAACAAGUUGCAGAGAAGGUAGGCUCAGCUGGGGAGUUGGAGAAGAUAAUAUCUUUGAGUUACACCAACUUGCCUCAUCAUUUGAGGUCAUGCUUCCUCUACAUGGGAGCCUUCCCCGAAGAUUACGAGAUUCGUGCCUCAAAGCUCAUAAAGUUGUGGACUGCUGAAGGAUUUGUGGAAGUGGAAGAGGAGACCAUUGAGUAUUUGGAGGAUCUGGUCAAGAGAAGUCUAGUUUUGGUGAAAAAGAGGAAGUCUGAUGGCAAAAUCAAAAGCUGCGGUCUCCAUGAUAUGGUACGUGAGAUUUGCAGAAGAAGAGCCGAGGAAGAAAACAUUCAGCACCGCGUGAGUAUGGCUCAGCCUGAUCUGAUUCUCCUUGCAAGAACAUAUGGCUCAACCCUCCGCUCUGUUAUAUGCUCUCGACUUAUUAGUGCAAGUUCGUUAGACGCCCUACAAGUGUUCAAAUUGUUGAGGGUGUUGGAUGUGGUGGAUGAUUGUAAUGAGCACCCGUUGCCUGCUCAAGUAUUUGACCUGUUUCACUUGAGGUACCUUGCUUUCGCGUGUCUAAAUGAGAUUCCAGCAGCCAUAUCCAGGCUUCGGAAUCUCCGGACAUUGAUCAUCUGUCCGGGGAAAAGAGUUACUCAGAGGAUGUGGUAUAUUUACCAUUAGAGAUCUGGACGAUGCCAUUAUUGACUCAUAUUGUAUCCUUUUAUAGCCCUCUGCCUGAUCCAGAAGGAGUGGCUUCUCCUCUGAAUAGACUGCUGGAGCUUUCGGUAGGAAGAAGGUUCGUAUGUACCAAAGAGAUUACAGAAAUGAUUCCCAAUGUGAGAAAGCUAGGAAUCACUUAUUUUGGAAGCAAAUUGAGAGAAAACUACCAGCUCCAGAAUCUUGUCUUUCUGCAUCAUCUUGAAAAGCUGAAACUAGUUAUGGAGGCUGACUAUGUUUUUACCCGCCCUGUUUUUCCAGAGUCGCUGAGAAAGUUAACCUUGAGCGGUUGUCGAUUUCCUUGGGAAUUUAUGGAUACUGUUGGCUCUCUGCCUAAUCUUCAAGUGCUCAAAUUGAGAAAUGAUGCUUGCAGAGGCCGUACAUGGGAAACUAAGGAAGACCAGUUUCCAAGUCUGGAGUUUUUGGAGAUUGAUAAAUGUAAUUUGAAGAAAUGGGUCACCGAAGGAAGCCAUUUCCCAAGGCUCAAGUGCCUAGUGGUUUUUGAUUGUUCUCGAUUGAGCAACAUCCCAAAUGACAUUGGAGAUAUUCCAACACUUGAAUUGAUUAAUGUUGAUUAUGCUAACAAAUCUCUUGUGGAGUGUGUCAAAAGGAUCCAAGACGAACAACGUGGCCACGGAAACUACGCCCUUCAAGUUCAUUGUACGCAUCGUCCGGUAAGUAAUUAAUGUGAAUAAAAACAAAAAAUAGUACAUAAAAAUCCUAAAUAUGAGGAAAGUGAUAUUGAUAAUUUGAUUUUUCUGUAGUAUCUGCACGUUUCUUCAAUUUUUUCCGAUUUUGUUGUUGAGUUUCGUGAUUAUGUUUCAGUAUUGGAAGACUCUGUUGGCGCUGGAAGUAAUGUCGAUCUCUGUGAAUAUUUCGAUCAUUGGAUGCACGAUCGUCUGACAUUUGACGAAGAUUGUUUUUCGGUUUGUGUUGAUUUGAACAUAAAUAAAGUUCAAAAUUUUAGCCGUUUCUUUAGGGUGCAUUUAUUUUGAUGGAUAAAUUUAUCAUGAAAAAAAAAUAACAAAAAAUUAUGCAUUUAAAUACCUCCUUUUUUUCUCCAACAUUUUAUACAAAAUAGAAGUUCAUCAUUUUCCUUCCUUAUUUUCACUUUGAGGGAUAAUAUUAUCCCUCCAUUUUUGGUGUGAUAAUAUUAUCCCUUUUUAAAAGUGAAAAUAAAGAAGAAAAAAUAAUGAACUUUUCUUUUAUAUAAAAUGUGAAAAAAAAGAAACGAGACAUAUAUUUAGAGGCAUAAAUUUUUAUUAUCCCUUAUUUUUUCAUAAUAAAUUUAUCCAUCAAAGUAAACGCAUUUCUAGUAUUUUUCAAAUACAUUUGUACUGCAUCCCUCCCAUUGAUCUUGUCAUGUUUUCCUUUUUGGAUUGUGUCAUUAAUCUUGUUCUGUUUCUAUAGUUGGUAAUGAUUUUACGCUACAAAUAAUA